AGUUCUAGAAUCCACAAAACUUGCUUCUAGAAGUUCUAGAAACAAGAAACUCUAGUAUCUUAAGAAUCGAUUAGUAAAGUAUAUCGUUGAACAACAUUUAAAUAACAUCACAAUAUAAAACAUCAACAAAACACUGAAAUCAUGUCGGAAGAAAAUUGCGAAAUAGAUCCUGAGGCGGAUCAGGCCCAAGCCGAACAAGAAAAAGUGAAAUCCACAGCUAUAGUUAAGUAUUCGGCCCCAAAACCGGCUACUUUUGCAAAACUCCAGUGCAAUACAGACCUUAAUUUGCCACCAUCCAAUUGGCUUAGCAGUUCUGCAGACUCAUAUGGGUUACAGAGGGUUAUCUACCAUCAGAAGGGAUUUUCUAGUUUCCGAAUGGCCCAUAUGUUUCCAGAUUGCGUGGGUGAAGUUGAUGUCGUCUCAGACGCAGAAAACAUCAAAAACCUUUUGAAAAUCCCUUACAGCAAAAGUCACGUGAGUAUGAUGGUCCACCGAGUUGAAAACACUCUUUUCCUAGACGAUUUCGACAUCUACAAACAUUUAUUGAAAACCUCAGAAACCGAAUGGGAAUGGCUCAAAAAAUUCUUUUGCGAAAACAUUAAUAGAGAAACUUGUGAAGAGGAUAGGCAUUUGUAUAUUAAAAAUAGGACACAAAAAGCCCUAAAACAAAAAAACCUUAUUUCCAAAUUCCUGUACCACAGUUUGGUUGAAGGAGAAGAUUGUGAUAAAAAUGACACUAGUAAUAGUCCCCGUCAUAAUAAUUAUCCGUUACAACCAUCAACUAGCUACACAUUACAAACACCCCCUCUACCAGAUCCGUCACCAACCACAGAAUGUCCUGGUGAUAAUCCAUUCGAGUUCAAUAGAAACGUAGUGUGGACUUUUGAGGAUAUUGAAAUGCUUCUUGGAACUGAUAUGCCUAUAUUUGGUGGUGGUACUCAUCCAUGUAUUUCUUUGAGACUGAGAGAUAUGAACAAGCCAAUUUCAGUUUUAACUGGAAUUGAUUAUUGGCUGGAUAAUUUAAUGUCCAAUGUGCCUGAAGUUGUUAUGUGCUAUCAUUUGAAUGGUAUAGUUCAGAAAUAUGAAUUGAUCAAGACAGAGGAUUUGCCCAGAUUGGGCAACUCAAAAUUUUCACCUAAAUUGAUAAGGGACGUUGCCCAAAGUAUUCUGUCAUUUUUAAAAUCUAAUGCAACAAAAGCUGGACAUACAUAUUGGUUAUUUAAGGGAAAAGAUGAGGAGGUUGUAAAACUUUAUGAUUUGACAUCUUUAUGUUCUGAAGAAGAUGUUCAAAAAGGUCAAAACCCGUUUACUAUACCUGUUGCUAUGCUGCUUUAUAGAGUAGCUAGGAAUAUGAAAAAUUCACUGGAUAGUAGGCCUCAACCAGGCACAAUUCGUAUGCUUCUCAAAAACACAGUAAAACUUUUGUCAGAAGAAAAAUAUCCUGAAAUAGUAACCUCAUCCCAUUACAUGCUGUCAGAUUUGUAUAUUCCGGCUGAACUUAAUCCGGAAAAUCCAAAUUUGGAACAAUUCCAAAAGGAUGAUGAUGAGGGUAGUGUUUAUGAUGAUGAUGACGAAGAUUUAGGAAACUCAAUUUCUGUGCUUGAUCUGGAAAAACCGAAUGGCACGGAGAAGUUUACAAACUUUUACAAACCUCCUGCGCCUAUUGUUGGAAGUCUAGAAGAGAGAUGCAUCCAAUCAAUAGGUCAUGUGGCGGCAGGUUUAAAUUGUUUGCAAUAUUUUAUUGAAAAGAAUGGCGAUGGAAAACCUGAAGUAAACAAAGAGGAGGUGCCAAUGGCUAAACCAUUUGAGCCUAUUCCAAUGCCUUACGGAAAACUGAAUGAAGAUGGAAAGUCUAAUAGUUUAACUGAAGCUGAAGCUUUGCAUCGCAAUAGUUCUAAGAGAUUAAAGAAAAAGGACAAAAAGAAGAAAGAUAAAGAAGGGAAAGUGCUGGAAGAUAAGAUGGCUCUAUUACCAAAAGACCCAAAUGAUGCUGCCUACCAUCCCAAGUGGCCUACAUUUGAUCCAAAUACCAUUUCAUGGAAAGGACAUUUGAAAACCUUACUUUUGGAAAAAGCUGUUUUGGUUUAUGCUACAUUGGCAGAACAUCAUAUUUCACAGGGUAGAUAUGGGGAAUGUCUCAGGGUCUUAGGCCUUCUGGCCAGAUGUCAAUUGGCAUUGGAUCGCACCCAACUAGAAGGUGCAGGAGGUGCGUUAAGACUGAGUUGCUUAUUGGGUAGAGCAGGAGAUGCUUGUUUCAUGAUAGUCCAACACUGGAAAGAUGUGGAAAACUAUAGGGAACAAUUGCAUUCUCAUCACGAUGAAGAUGUUCGAUUGUUGGAAAAAUUGGAGCAAGAUGAGAGAACAUAUAAAGUGAAUUUAGGGGACAGUGAAACUAAAGUGGUCUUCGUCCAUGACAUAAGAACCAUAGAACAGAUGUUGGUAAAAACUGUAGAAUGUUACGAUGGAGCUAGUAAAAUUUCGCCUUCAGAGAGCAUUUCGUUCAGGUUAGCCAACAGUCUAAAUGAAAUUUCAAGUUACUACUUGAAUGUGGCAAAAGCAGCCAAAACGCCAAAAGAUAUGAUUGAUGCUUGCAAUAAAAGCGAACCUUAUUUAUUCAGAGGCCUGCAAAUAUUUGAAAAAAUUAACAACAAUGCUAAUAUAGCUCUUUUGAAUUCAAAUAUGGGACAUUUGCAUCGGUUAUUGGCUCACGCUCAUACUCCAGAAGAAAGGGGGGAACUGACACCUCAAGAAAGAAAACACUACAAUAAAGCUUUUCAAAGCUACAAGAGAGCUUUACGUGUAAUUGGUGAAAGGGAACAGUGUCCUGGAAUAUGGGACGCAGUAACUUGGGAAUUAAGUACUGCCUUGUUUACAGUUAGUUGUAUUUUAUAUGAGAAUCCACCUUCAGAUGUGAGUAAAGCUGAAGCUGAAAAGCAAGUGCUAGAAGCUUUACAAAUGGCCUUAGAGCACUGCGACUUGGAUGAAUCCAACACAAAAUAUCCUUUGUAUCAGUACAGGGCUGGCAUUUUACAUUUAAAAAUGGGAUCUCUUUUGCAUAGUCAUGUUUGGGAUGGCCUGAUGGAUCCAAAAAGAGUCGCAGGUCCCCUAGCACAAAGACACUAUGAAAAAGCUGUAAAACUUUUUUUGCAAGCUGGUGAUGCUUUUAAUUAUCUUACAUGUCAAAUGAAGAGAAUAGCAUUGGCGGAAUUCUCAGCUGAAGCGAGUACAUCUCCAAGUUCUAAACUCAAACACCUCCAAACUUGUCUCUGCUACUUCUUAGAACUCGAUGAGAUGCUCCAACUGCUCCUUGACAAAAAAGUCGAAAUACCAGAGGAUCAAAAAACCUCUCACACCAAAGAGGACGAGCCCUUCAAUGCGCAUCAUUCCUUACUAAAAUUAGUAAAGAGUCAGCUCCAAAAUGUUUUAAAAUUAUUAGUGAAACUUUGCCUUGCCAAACCUGCCCCAACUAAAGAUUGUCCAAAGUUAGCAGAGUUUUACAAGGCUUGUUACAAAGCUACAUUUGGGUUAACUGACGAGUUGGCUUGUGAUGAACUUCUAAAAAGUUUGCAUACAGCUUUGCUGAAAAUAAAAAAUUUGAAAAAUGAGGUUGAGAAGUUAUAAACUUCCAAUUUAUAUUAUUAUGGUUAUUAGAGAAAUGUUUGUUUUAAUUAGGUUUAUAUCUGAAGCCAGUAUUUAGCUAGUUUAUUUUAGAUAAUGAUGCCUUUAAGAUGAGAAUCUACUCAACUUAUGUAAGUAUAAUGUUACACAAAAUUUGUAUUUUUUUUGUGCUUUUUUUUUAUUUUCACAUUUUCAAGAAGUUAUUAUUCCAGUUUACUUUUGUUUGUUUAAGUCACUUGAAUUCUGUGAUAUUUGAAUGAGAAUGUGUUAAGCCUUAUUUAAAGUUUGAUAAAUAAACAACAAAAAAUCAAAAAUGAACAAUUUUAUUUAUUUGUAUACAUAAUAAAAGCUCCCUCUUUCUACAAAAAAAAAAAACUAAACUUAUUUCAAUACAAAGUCAAUUUGACAUCACAAAAACGAAAAUCAAAAAAAAAUAGUUUCUAAUGAGAAUUAUUGCUACAAAAAUCAACCUCCAUUAACAAAAAUAAAUAUGUGAUUCUUCUCACAAAAUCCAAAAAUAAACAAAAAACCUAACUAUAAACAAUCAAGAAUAGCCAUUUUAUUAAAUUUGAAAUUCAGCCAACUGGUAGGUGCAGGAAAAUCUUCUAUUGUAGUUGCAGGCAAAUCUUGUACAAUAGGGCAACUUGCAUUAUUAUCAGUUGUUUCAUUGAACACCAAUUGCCUCUUACUAUGUUUCCUUUCACGUUUUUUAGCCGAUUGCCUCAAUGUUUCAUCAUUCUCAACUUUAGGAGUACUUCUACUCUUGUGCUUACUAGCAUUCAAUUCAGUUUCACUUAAACUUGAAGACUUUUGCCUGUAUCUCCUUGGAAAGUAAGCCCCAUUACAUAUCAACUUGAGACGUUUAGUAAAUGGAAGAACCAUAAAAAACGCACUUGCGUUUACUCCAAUUUUCACUCUCGGAGUAGAAUCUUUUUUAUUAUUAGGAAGAUCAGUAACAGCAAACCAAUUACAGGCUUUAAUCUCGCAACGGGUACGAGGUUUGAAUUCAGUAGAACGUGGGAUAUUUUUGAUCAAGUAAAGCCUCACUAAUUGGUCAUUAACAACAGACUCCAAAUAUUCGUCAGGAUUUAAAUAUGGGCUAAUGUCAAAGCCAGUUUCUUCUAAAACUUCACGAAUUGCACAAUGUGCUGGAUCUUCAUCUUCGUUUACUUUGCCCUUAGGAAAACCCCAGGAAGCUUUAGCCCAGUAGCUCUGGACUAAUAGUACAUGAGUCAAAUCUUCAGACAAAAUUAUUGCUCCGUACGUUGGUACGCUUUGUUUAUACUCUUUCCACUCUUGAAGUAUGUCGUGCAGACGUGGUAUUUCGGAUUUCAGUGACGGUAUAUGCUGGAAAACGUGCGCUGAAAAUUCGUACAUGCUGCAAGGUCUGCAACGUUCGUCGUUGGCAACAUAAAAAUCCAAAUAAAACCAAUGGGCCAGUUCGAUUUGGAAGCAAAUACGAAUUAGGUUUUGCUUUGCGGCUUCAGGAACUAGGAUUAUGAAUCGGGUUAGAACGUCGUUGAGGAUGUCGUAUGGGAUGGUGUGCUUGAUUACUUGGACUGGCCUGUCUUCUUCCAUUUUGGAUCGACGAUGGUUUUGAUAAUAGGCUCCUAUUUCUUUUUGGAAGAGUCAAUCAAUAUUUUC